AUGAGCUUCCAUAGCAGCGAUUAUCGAUAUACGCGAUUGGACAAUGUUCCUUCUUCUCCAUCGCAAUUUUUUACAGAAACUUUACAGAAGCAACAAAUGGUAUUAAACGAACAAGACAAAGAUUUGGAAAAAGUUGGUAAUUCAGUUCACUUGCUAAAAAAUAUGAGUAGUCGAAUCGGAACAGAGCUUGAGGAACAAUCUAUAAUGCUCGAUGACUUAGGUUCAGAUAUGGAGAAAACUAAAAUGAAACUUGACGGAAUUGUAAAAAAAAUUGCUAAAGUGACCAAUAUGAAUGAUGGUUAG